AUGUCAACCUCACUACGGAAUAUUGUUGUGAUUGGUGGCUCGUUCGUCGGACGUACCACAGCUCAGGAGCUCGCACGCAUCGUGCCUUCAACACAUCGGGUCCUCUUAACUGAGCCUCAUAGCCACUUCCACCAUCUUUUCACCUUUCCUCGGUUUGCAAUUGUUCCCGGACAUGAGCACAAAUCGUUUGUGCCUUACAGUGAGAUCUUCAAUGCGUCGCCUAACUCCUCCUCCCAUGGCGUGAUCCAAGCUCGCGUUUUGUCGGUCAAGCCCACCCAUAUUGAGUUGGACCGUGAAUGGCAGGGCUUGAAAGAGAUUUCAUUCGAUUACGUAGUUCUUGCGACUGGAACGCGUCUCUCCAAGCCUGCAGCCAUGGACGAGGAUGACAAGGCAUCAUCAAUCGAGUAUCUGCAGAAGCAUCAAGCUGGAGUUGAGGCAUCCCAGUCGAUCUUGAUUGUCGGUGGUGGUGCUGUUGGUGUUCAAAUGGCGACCGAUCUGAAAGAGUAUUAUCCAGAGAAAGAGGUGACCCUGGUUCAAUCGAGGCCGCAGGUGAUGCCGGGCUUCCACUCAGCCCUCCAUGACCUUAUUACGAGGCGAUUUGAUGAGCUGGGAAUCCGUCUCAUCACUGGGUCUCGAGUCAUUGUUCCGCCGAGUGGAUUCCCCAACGAUGGCAGCACCUUUGAUAUUCAGCUCACAAACGGUACCACCGAGUCUACUCAAUUCGUCAUCUUAGCUACCGGACAAACCCCAAAUAACCAACUAGUGGCUGACCUGGAGUCUUCCGACCCGGACGGCGGGUCGGUCCUCAAUCCGGAAAAUGGAUUUAUUCGCGUUAGACCCACGAUGCAGUUCUUGGAUGAGAAAUAUUCGAACCUCUUUGCCGUAGGUGAUAUUGCAGAUACAGGGGCCCAAAAGGCCGCUCGUCCAGGCUCGGUACAGGCAGCAGUUGUUGCGAGAAACAUCCAGGCUUUAAUUGAAGGCCGCGCUGCUGGGGAUACAUAUGUGAAGGGAUCUGCGGCCAUUCACUUGACACUCGGCAUGAAACACAACAUGAUAUUCCGCAAUCCCAAUUCUGCAGAAGGUCAGACAGAACCUUGGAUCAACUCAAAGGAUGAUGGCCGGGAGGAUAUGAAUGUGGAAGCAAUGUGGGAGAGGCUGGGUAUUUCGGUUGAAAAUCCUCGUCAAUACUAUUUGUAA